AUGGAGCUAGAACAAAUUCUAAGGGAGAGGCAAUAUCUUUACUUGGAUGGAUCGAAAUUAUGUCAACUUUAUAACCUUCUAUGUGAUAUGGUGGAAGCAGACUACUCUUUCAUAAUAAACUAUAUCUCCUCUAAUACUCUUGCUCGUGAUUACAUGAAUGAAGCCAAAGAAAUGAUGGAUGAUUUUCAAGACCUUGUUGUUGUUAUGGUUAUUGAUUUGGAAGGCUAG